AGGGGAAGGAAAGAGGGGUCUCCUUGUGGCUGUGAGGAGGCAGAAUGUGUGUUUAUAGAAAAACGUGAAAAAAAUAUUUCUGAGACAGAAUCUAUGACUACAGUAAGGUGUACUAAAAUAGAUACAGCCUGCUUACUACAGUGGAUGCAGACUUUCACAAUGAUGGAGUUCAGUCUUCGUGAGUACUGUGACUCAGACUACACAGUAGUGCGUGAGGUGUACGCCACCGGCUUCAGAGAACAUGCCACGUCCAUCUUCGUCACGGUUCUCCAGAGGAUCUGGGUCCAGUUGUUUCUGCUGGCCACGUUCCUUGGCCUGCUUGAGCUCUCCGGUUCCCCCCUGUGCGCAACACUGGGCGUCUCCGGGCUCCUUCUGGUGCUACGGGUGUCUGUGCAGUGCCUGCUGGAACAGGGCGUGCGCCUGGGCCUCAGCGAGGACCUCCAGGACAUCCAGGCGUCCUACAUGCAGCCGGGCCAGGUGGCGCGCUUCUGGGUGGCUGAGGCAGGGGGCUGCAUCGUGGGCACGGUGGCCAUCCUGCCCUGCCUGGAGGAGAAGGGAGCCUGGGAGCUGAAGAGGAUCACGGUGCUGAAGAGAUGCAGGGGGCGAGGCAUCGCCAAAGCCUUGUGUCACACCGCCUUGGGGUUCGUCGCCAGCCGGGGGGUGGAGAGGGUGGUGCUCUUCACCUCCAUGGCCCAGGUGGAUGCACACAGGCUCUACCACAGCCUGGGCUUCAGGAAGGAGAGGGAGUUUGUGUGGCCGUCGUGGCCAGCCAGGCUGGUGAACUUCCUUGUGUAUAAAUACUCUUACGCAGUGGAUGGUUCAACUGAAUGAAUGUGGUGGUGGACACUGAUAUGAUACACUAAACACUGGAUAUUGUAUCUAGUGAAAUGUGGUGUAUGCAGUCACUUCACCAAAUACAUGAAUCUGGAGUUUGAGAGACUUCAUCAUGAAUGUACUGUGCUUCUUACAAGGGCCAGGCAACACUUUUGUCAAUCAAUCAACAAUUCUCAUCAACCAGAAAAUAUUUCUAAACAUGGGGUGCCAUCUCACAUCACAGGGGUUUGGUGACCAGGGAUGCCUUUCCAAUUGACUAUUAUGAGGAACAUAAUAUUUGUGCAUUGUUGUCUGAAUAUGAUUAUAUCUCGUAUGGACCCAUGCUGUUGAGCAGCAGAUAAACUCACCAAUUUCCAUCUCCUGGAAUUGGAGAAUACAUGUUCCAAAUGUGUAUGUUUACAGGAUUUAGUUUAAAGGUGUAUUUCUGUUGUUCCAUAUGCAUGUUCUUAUUUUGUCUUGCCAAUACAAUUGCACAUUGUUUGCAAUCAUACAUUCAGUCAUUCACUCAUUAGUCCUAUUGUUUGCAUCCAAAUAAA